GUCUCAAAGGAGAAUCGCCAACACGAAACAGGACUGUGGAACACGAUAGGUGAUGAUAGACGACGUGUUGGUUCGCUAGCGAUAUUGAGGCACGGGUGAUGUCUCCGUAGUCUACUGCUACGGUACUGCGUAGUAUUAUUAAUGUGCUGUCCAUGCGUUACACAGCUCCAACGAGUAGUCCAAAUCUUCCUCCCUGCGGUGCCAUCUCACGGCAUACCUAGGUAUAUUCCCGAGCUCCCGCCAGCCAACCCGCCGUGGUCUACGAUACAAUAACGCUCCUAGGAACCGCCGGAAUGUGGUGUGGGAAGCGCUAGACACACUCGUUUCUCUCGUCCCUCGGAAGCAACGCGCCCAUCACGCUCUGCUUCUCUCGACUUCACCCUGCUCACGGACAGCUUCUGGCCGUCAUGGCGUUCGUUGACGUUGCCAUCAUCGGAGGUGGCCCGGCAGGACUGACUGCUGCGGCUACCAUAGUGCGCCAGCUCCACACCGCCGUGGUCUUCGACAACGGCAAAUAUCGCAAUGCUAAGUCCUCUCACAUGCACAUGGUUCCCACCUGGGAUCACAAGGACCCCAGCGCAUUCCGCAACACGAUCAAGGAGGACAUCCUAGCUCGCUACUCGACCGUCCGCUUCGUCGAUCUGGGGGUCUCCAAGAUCGAGAAGAAGAGCGACGCCCACUUCCGUGUGGUUGACGAGUCCGGCAACGAAUAUGACUUCCGCAAGAUCAUCCUCGCUGUCGGCACGGCCGAUGCCUUCCCGGACAUCGAAGGUUACCAGGAGGCCUGGGCUCGGCGCAUCUUCCACUGCCUGUUCUGCUUCGGUUACGAGGACCGCGGUGCCAAGUCGACGGGCGUGCUGGUCGUACCGCCCAUCGAUCCCGGAAUGGGCAUCUACAUGGCCGGCAACGCAGCUCAACUCAGCGAGGAGGUCACGCUGUACACCCACGGCAACGACGAGUUCGCCGCGAAGCUCACCCCGCUUGCCGCAGCGGCCAAGGCCAAGUUCAAGGUUGAUUCGCGCCCGAUAAAGCGCUUCGUAGAUACCGGGAGCUCACUGACCAUCGAGUUCGCCGAUGGUUCUACAAACCACGAGACAUUCCUCGUCCACAACCCCAAGACCGGCGUUAAUGGUAGUUUCGUCGAGCAGCUCGGCCUCGCGCUUUCGCCUAUAGGCGAUAUCCAGGCCGCCGGCCCCUUUUUUCAGACAAGCGUCCGCGGAGUCUUCGCCGCCGGCGACGCUGUCAACCCGUACAAAGCGGCCAAUGCUGCCAUCUCCAGCGGAUGCAACGCAGCUGUGGCGGCAAUUGCACAACUACAAGCUGAAAAGUAUGGCAUUCCGGCUCUGCUCUAAGCAAGGCUAGGAGGUUACGACUACUAUAUUUCUUGGCUGGGGCCAACUUUGGUGGUUAGGAGGGUCUGAGAUAGUUAGUUAAUACCACGUAAAUCAACUAGCCAUAAGCCUGCCCUCUGA